GGAACGAGCCGGGCCGUGACUGCUGCGCUCUCCAGCUUCUUGUUCAUUUGACCGUUUUGAGUGCGUACAAACCAAACCACUACGGGCCUCGAAUUCUAGGCUCACCUACCUGGAUUCUAGGGUCAGGUUCCAGGCUUGGGUUCCAAGCUCGCAGCAUCCCCGCCCGCCAUUGCAGGCAGCCGGGCCAAUUUCACGAGUUCCAGGUUGAAGUUGUUCAAGACCGGGCAACUGCUUUACAUCAGCCAACGGUUUCGACUUGGUUGCGUUUGCGCCCGAAAACAAACGGCCUUCGACUUUUUCUUUCGGCAAGAAGCCCGUCUCGAAGUCCCGGUGUCUCCGAGGAGCAAUUCAAGUCCCAAACCACCUGAACUUAUCCCUCCACUCUCAAACAAACCAUCUCUUCCUAAUCAAGUCGACUAAAACCUCAAUUCUCCCGCUCGAAAGACCAUCACAAUUCCCAAUUUUGCAGUCUUUUCGAUGGAUCAUCAACAAACUCAGAUUCCCGAGUCUGCCGCCAACUUUGGCAUUCAGACAUCCGCGACUCCAACCAUGCCAACCGAGAGCAACGGGUCAGUACCGGCGCCGGGAAACGCCAUCAGCGCCGACGAGAUUGCCCUCUAUGACCGCCAGAUCCGUCUCUGGGGGAUGAAGGCCCAGGAGAAGAUCCGCAACGCCAACAUCCUCCUCAUCACCAUGAAGGCCCUAGCCAACGAGAUCGCGAAGAACCUCGUCCUUGCCGGCAUCGGCUCGCUGACCAUCCUCGACCCGGAUCCCGUCACCCCCUCUGAUCUCGGCGCGCAAUUUCUCCUCUCAGAAGAGACUACCCCCUUGGGAACCAACCGCGCAGCCGCCGCCUCGGUCGCCCUCCAACGCCUAAACCCCCGCGUGCGCAUCCACGUCGACACGGUCGACGUGCGGUUCAAGCCGCCCUCCUUCUUCGCGCCCUUCGACAUCAUCAUCGCCACCGACCUCGACUCCCCCACCCUCAACAUCAUCAACACAGCCACCCGCCUGCACUCGCGGCCCUUCUACGCCGCCAACUCGCACGGCCUCUACGGCUUCCUCUUCGCCGACCUGAUCGAGCACACCUUCGUCAUCUCGCGCGCCAAGUCCAACCUGCCCACCCCGCUCGGCCCGGAAUCCCGCACCCGCUCCGUCCUCGCCGUCGCGCCCCAACCAGGAGCCGAAGCCACCACCGAGCUGGUCACCAAGCGCGAGCUCUACUCGACGUGGUACCUCGCGUCGGGCGCCUCCCAGCUGCCCGCCGACAUUUUACGAUCUCCGCGCCGCCGCCGCGCCGUCACCCCCCUCUUGUCCUGCUUCCGCGCCGCCUGGGAGUUCGCCGCCAACCACGCCGGCCAGGCCCCGCAGACGGCCGACCGCGGCCACCUCGCCGAGUUCACCCGCCUCUGCAGCGACCAGCACAAGGCCCUCGGCCUGCCCUCCGAGACGCUGCGCAGCGACGUGCUGCGCGCCUUCCUGCAGAACGUCGCCGCACCAUCUGCUAACAACGGCGGUGGUAAUGGUAAUGGUAAUGGUGCUGGCGGUAGUAGUGGUGCGGCGGCGAGCGAGGUGGCGCCCGUGGCGGCCGUGCUGGGCGGGCAGCUCGCGCAGGACGUCAUCAACGUGCUGGGCUGCACGCAGCAGCCCGUGCAGAACUUUGUCGUGUUUGACGGCGAGGCCAUGGAGGCGGGCGUGUAUGCCCUGCACCCGGAGGGCGAGCUCGGCCGCGGGCUGCUGGUGAGUGCGGGGCCCGUGGUCGGGUUGGAGGAGGGUACGGGGGCCGGGGGUGGCGGGGCGGAUGGUGGGUUUGGAGCUGGGCCUGGGGUUGGGGAGGGGGGUGCUGUGAUGGUGGGUUGA